AUGAAUCCAUUCAUUUUCAUGUGUUUGGUGGCAUGUAUUAACGGGAUGAGAAUCCCAUUGAAAGAGGACUUGGAAAUAGAGAAUGAGUUAAAAGUGAUUAACAAAGUUCCUAUCAAGAGUAUCCAUACAGAAUUUGGUUAUAUUGUUGACUGCAUUGAUAUUAAUAAUCAACCAGCGUUUAAGCAUCCUUUGCUAACGAAUCAUAAGUUACAGAAAAAUCCAAACUUGAGAACUACAAUCAGAAAUAAUAGAAAAAAUAGUGUGAAUAGUUCAACUAAAGCUACUUUUGGGCUUCAAAAUGAUAAUUGUCCAAUUGGAACUGUUCCCGUUAGAAGAGCAACGAAAGAAGAUUUAAUUAGAGGAAAAUCAUAUUUUAAUAAUGGUUUAGUUGAUCAUAUCCAUGGUAAUCAUUAUGCAGAAGUUUUAUCAGAUGCAGAACGUGGUGAAUCAUUUGUAGGAGUUUAUGGAACAACUAGUAUUUAUAGUGUUAGUGUUACAAAUGAUCAAUCAAGUUCGGCAGUAAUGUAUAUUCGAAAUGGACCUGAUAGUACAAAUUAUAUCGGCAUGGGAUGGCAUGUGGCUCCACAAUUAUACAAUGAUAAUGCAACACAUUUUUACGUAGUAUGGACGACAGAUAAUUUCAAGAACACGGGAUGCUUUAAUUUGCAAUGUUCAGGAUUUGUUCAAACUAACACGAAAAACUAUCUUGGUGGACGAUUUGUGGAUACAUCUGUCAUCGAUGGACAAAUGAUCGACAUGACAAUAUCUAUUGUCCAGAAUAGGGAAACAAAAAAUUGGUGGGUAACUUUUGAAAAUGAUAUGAUUGGAUAUUUUCCGGCAUCAUUAUUUCCCAACACGCCAUUCCUUCAAGUAGGAUGGGGUGGUAGAACAUCAAACACUCAAGGUGGUCCUAGUCCUCCAAUGGGUUCUGGACGGUUUCCUAUAGAUGACAAAUAUAAUCAUGCAAGUUAUUUUAUACGUAUCCAAUUUCAAUAUAGUUCCACCAACACUUCACCAGAAAAUUCUUUGAUUCAAAUACUUUCUGAUAAGCCUAAUUGUUUUUAUGCUAAAUAUUUUGAUAGAAAUUUUGAGGAUUUCGGAUAUUCUCUCCAAUUUGGAGGACCGGGAGGAAAUUGUGAUGAUUAA